AUGCGCACGAGGCGGUCAAGAUCAUCCUCGCGGAUGCCGUGCACCUGGCCUGCCCCCGGCAGGGGGACCGGCUUCAUGGGCGAGGACGAGCUGGUCGGCGAGCACAAGUUGCGGCAGAAUGGCAACAGCCAGAACGAGACCAAGGUCGUGGAGCUCGCGGCUACCAUCAGUCAGAAGGACCUGCAGCUAGCAGGGGCCGAAGAGGCCAUAAAGCAGCACGGCAAGCAAAUAAAGACUCGAGGCAGUCAGCUAAAGCAGGUCACGACUACCAGGGGUAAGUACGCCGAGCGCAUUGCGUUUCAGAAUCACGAGAACCAGACGGGACAGGUGGAGGUCCGCACAGUUGACGCCAUGUGUAAGUUGCGGGCGAAGCUGGCCACUUUGAAGGAAUAA